AUGGGAUGCAAUGAUCGAGCUACCGUGCUCGACGCCGUCGCCAAACAACUACCGGGCGAUGGACCCUUGGGCGUCGAAUUGCGUUUCAAGGACACUCGAGUAGUCGUCGAAAUCACGCCUCGCAACGAGCAACAACGCAAUAUCCUCGAGACCGAGGGUCUUAUUGUAAGGAAUUAUCGUAUUAUCAGUACGCCAGCACUUCGUAAAGGUUCAGGCCUUUUGACAAUCAACCUGUACAAUUUGCCACAUGCACCUGUCGAAGACCUCAGUGUGGCCAUUCAACGUAUGCUCGCUCCAUACGGUCGAAUCCUUGAUAUCAGCAUUUUCCUGUCCAGAAAAACAGGAUUCCCAUUGGGGGGGUGGGGCGUCAAAAGCAAUGCCUUCUUGAACGUCAAGUCUGUUAAGUAUCUAGCUUGA